AAACACCACUCAGAGACUCACACAUAAAGGCUUCUUCUCUACAAGUCCUCAAAAGCUCAUAGACCGAAAACCGGAAACCACCAACGCCGCCGGCGACGAUCACUCGCCGGGAAUGAAUAUUCCGGCCACGGAUAUGUUCACCUCCGUACGCAAUGUCCGUAUCUCCGAUCAUCGCCAUCACGUCUUCCACGAAUAGCUCUGUACCGAAGCGAUUCUCUUUAUUUUUGAGUCUCUAAGAAGCUUUUUUUUUUGUUCUUGCAUUAAUUUCAGAAUUGAGUUAAUGCUGAAUUUUUGUUCUUGAUUCUUAAUUAUGAGGUGAUAUUGUAAAUGCAAUAGUACUCUUACCUGUGUGAGAGAGAAAGCUUUUUAAAGCCUUUUAAACCCUUUGAGAUUGAAAAUCUCAUGCCUUUUCCGAUGAAGAUCCAACCGAUCGAUAUAGACGCCGAAGCGCUCCGGAUCGACACGGCGGCCAAGCCGGUGGUGAAAUCCCGGUUCCGGCGGCUUUUUGACCGGCAGUUCCCGAGCGUGCUUAAAAUCUCCUCGACGGAAAAGCCUCCCUCCGGUGGCGACUUCAACAAGGACGCCGCCGGAGGCGGAGGAGGAGCGGCCGAGUUCGAGCCGAGCUCGGUGUGCCUGGCGAAGAUGGUUCAGAAUUUCCUCGAGGAAACGAACGAGAAGCAACAGCCGACGAAAUGUGGCCGGAACCGGUGCAAUUGCUUCCACGGGAACAACAAUGACAGCUCCGACGACGAGCUCGACUUCUUCGGCAGCGAUUCCAUUUCCGGCGGCUCCUUCGGCGGCGACGCCUCUGAUAUUCUCAAGAGCUUGAUUCCAUGCGUGAGCGUCGCCGAGAGGAACCUCUUAGCCGACACGGCGAAGAUCGUCGAGAACAGCAAGAAUCAAAAGCAGAAAGACGAGCUCCGGAAGAUCGUCACCGACGGCCUCGUCUCUCUCGGCUACGACUCCUCCGUCUGCAAAUCCAAGUGGGACAAGUCACCGUCCUUCCCUGCCGGUGAAUACGAGUACAUCGAUGUGAUGGUGGAGGGGGAGAGGUUGUUGAUUGACAUCGAUUUCCGAUCGGAAUUCGAGGUGGCCCGUCCCACUGGGGCCUACAAGGCCGUCCUCCAAUCCCUGCCGUUCAUUUUCGUCGGCAAAUCCGACCGUCUCGGCCAGAUCGUCUCCAUCGUCACGGAGGCGGCCAAGCAGAGCCUCAAGAAGAAAGGCAUGCCGUUCCCGCCGUGGCGUAAAGCCGAGUACGUCAGAGCCAAGUGGCUCUCUCCCUGCACGACUCGAACGACGACGCAGCUCGAAAACGACGUCGUUUCCCCGGCGCCGGAGAAUAAUGGGACUGUGAGCUCCGACGAUCGGACCGACCACCUGAGCGAGUGCGGUGAGUUUGAGUUGAUCUUCGGCGAGGAUUCCGUGAAUUCGACCGAUCCGUCGCCGGUAAAGGAAUUGGCGAAAGUGACCGGAAAUUCAGUGACGCCGGUGGCGUGGCAGCCGCCGGCGAUCAAGCCGAAGAGCGUUGAGAGAGGAGCGAGGAUCGUGACCGGUUUGGCUUCGCUUCUAGCAGCAAAACCGUGAAACCAAUUUUGGACCCUUUUUUUCUUCUUUCAAUUUUCGAAAUUUUCCCCCAAAACGAAAAAAAAUGAAAUGAAAUAUAUAAAUAUAAGGUAAAAAAAAAGAAGUAUAAUCGGCGUCGGAAUAGUAGAGUAAUGGUACUGGGACUUGGUACAGGCUUUUUAACCUUUUCCUUUUUCUCCCACUUUCCCUUCCUUUUUUGUUAGCAAGGGCACAUCAUUUGUAAGAACCAAGUAAAACUAUGGAACCUUAUUAUCUCUCUCUAUGUAAUAAAAAUUAGUUAGUACAAAAAAAAAGACUUGAUAUUUCUGAGACAUGUUGUUGAGUUUCCCCGGCACCUAUUUUGCGAGUAAAAUCCUAGUGCUCCAGGAGAAUUGAAAUUCUAGUUGCUCUUGAAAGUUCAAGUGUUUUCAGAGUACUGUAAUUUCGAAUUUAAUUCUUAAUAGACUCCAUGGUGAAAUGUCACAGUA